UCUUUCCCUGUCUACACUCUCUGUCCCCCCCCUUCCCCAUUCCCCGCCCCCCUGCCCAUCGUGUCCCGGGGCCGCCGCCGCCGCCGCAGACAGCGCGCGCCAUCUCUGUCCCCUCUCAUUCUCCACGCGGGACGCGCAGACGUGCCUCCACGUGUCCUUAAGCAGAGCAGUUCAGCUGAGAUCCAUUCGCGUGAGGACUCAGAGGCUUCCAGUCUGAGGAAACAAGAUCAGCUGAGAAAUUGGCAAGAUGAAUAAUACUGCAGCUAGCCCGAUGUCUACGGCCACUUCGAGUAGUGGAAGAAACACAGGGAAGGCUAUAAGCUUUGCUGCAGAAUUGCAGAGCAUGAUGUUUUCUUUAGGUGAUGCUAGGAGGCCUCUCCAUGAAACAGCAGUUUUAGUAGAAGACGUGGUUCACACACAACUAAUUAACCUGUUACAGCAAGCUGCAGAAGUCUCUCAGCUGCGGGGAGCAAGGGUGAUCUCUGCUGAAGAUCUUCUGUUCUUGAUGAGAAAAGAUAAGAAAAAACUUAGAAGACUUCUGAAAUACAUGUUUAUCCGAGACUACAAAUCAAAGAUCAUCAAAGGCCUUGACGAGGAUGACCUCCUGGAAGAAAAACUGAGUGGCAGCAGCAGUACAAACAAGAGACAGAAGAUCGCUCAGGACUUGAUCAACUCUAUUGACCAGACAGGAGAGCUUCUGGCAAUGUUUGAAGACAACGAACUUGACGAUGUUAAACAGGAAAGAAUGGAGAGAGCAGAAAGACAGACUCGAACUAUGGAUUCAGCUCAAUAUGCAGAAUUCUGUGAAAGCCGACAGCUAAGUUUCUCCAAAAAAGCUUCCAAAUUUCGAGAUUGGCUGGACUGUGGCAGCAUGGAGAUAAAGCCCAAUGUUAUAGCUAUGGAAAUUCUGGCAUAUUUAGCGUAUGAAACAGUAGCACAGUUAGUGGAUCUGGCUCUUCUCGUGAGGCAGGAUAUGGUAUCCAAGGCAGGGGAUCCCUUCAACCAUGCCAUCUCCGCAACCUUCAUUCAGUACCACAGCUCUGCUGAGGGGUCCUGUUUGAAGUCCUGCCCAGACUCUCCUGAGAACACACCGCCUCCUACACCAACAGCGCCCUCUUCUGGAUCCCAGCAUUCCGGGAGAGCCACAUCCGGAUCCCUGGGGAAUGGGAGUGCAGGACAAGACUCGACUAAAAGCAAGCAGAGAAAGAGGAAAAAGAGCACUGCGGCCUGUGGUGUUGAGGCUCACAGCGAUGCCAUCCAGCCCUGCCACAUCAGAGAAGCCAUUCGACGCUAUGGCCACAAGAUUGGCCCUCUUUCCCCAUUCACACCAUGUGUGUAUGAACUUCACUCUUCUCACCUCCCACAGCUCUGGUGCACAGGAUGCUGGCUGCAGUCACAGAGUGCCUACCGAAGGAGUGGGAUGGCUUUCCUGGCCUGCUGAGGGGACCAUGGCUGUGCCUGCCACGACAAGAGAGGGAGCGGUACACCGAGGUCAUUCUUCCCUGUCCUGGCUGAAAAUAAAAUAUGAAUUUACCUUC